CAAGCCGAGUGACGAUGGCCGCAAACGCCUCUCCUGGAAUCGUAGCACCGCCCAAGUUACUUGCAUUCUUGCUUGUCUGACGGAUCCCAUACUAGUCCCCUCUCUAUAGCCAAGACCUAGGGUAGGGAGGAAAAGAGAUACAGGGACAGUGAGAGAAGACGUCUCAUUGAUUGGCCGUUGGGGCGUUUGGGCAGUUACUCUGGAAUGGCAAGAGGAGCCGAGAGGUUGCGCUUAGUUGAGUUUUUUGCGCCCUGUUUAGCAUCAAAGCACAGCCCGCGUGCAUCUUCGAGAAAGAAAAGCUGACAUGAGACACUUGCGCCACGAGGAGCUUAUAGUCCGCGCGCAUCUUUAUCAUUUAGGUUUUGAAGCGCCACGAUUGUUUCGCCUUGGCUCGUGCUCUAGUGCUUGUGCGCGAUUGUCUCUAGGAUCACCGCAGGGUCGCGCGCUAGUUCAUCCGCCGUCUCUCCUCCAUACCUCCUUACCUCCAUACCUCGUGGAGGCCGACAGGGACAACUCUGCUGCUGCCGUCGACUUUGCGUCGCUAAUCUGCUCGUUAAAGCCCCCUCGCUUCAACAUGCCUGCUGGAGUCUGCUCGUUACAGACGGCUAAGUGACGUCCGCAUCUUCCGGCCUGGGGCUUGACCUUAUCCGGCUGUCUGUAUCAGCAUGGCGCUCUCCCGCUCCGCGUCCCCGGCGCCGUCGCGCGUAUCCGGGCGCAUGUUCCGCCCCUCACUGCCCUCCGCGGGCUCCUUCUUCUCCGCGCGCUCCUCCUCUUCCUCCGCCCGCGCGUCUUCCCCCUCGUCCUCCUCCGCUCACUCUCACACCGCUGCCGCAAGCGCCACCAGCGCAAUGGCUUCCACCGCCGCUGCUGCGCCCAUGGGUCCGCCGGCAUCCCUCAUGCCCCCCGCGUCCCUCCCGCGCCAUUCCUCCCCCGUGCGCUCCUAUUCCUCCUCCCACUCUGUUCCGACCACCCCCCGCCGAUCCAACCUCCAGCAGCUCGCGCAACUCAUCGCCUCCCCGCAGCUUGCGCGGGCUCAGCAUCCCGCGCCACCCCCUCCGCACCCCAUGGCUCUCUCUUCUUCCGCCAACGUUGGCCCUUCCCCGUCAGGUUCCCCCCGAACGAGUUCCCCAAUUCCCAGCUCCCCCAAGCACAGCUAUCCGCAGGCUUCUUCCCCCCAUCCCGCUUCCCCUCAUCCGAGUUCCCCACGCCAUAACCCCCCCUAUGCGCUGUCCGCAUUUCCGGGAAGCGGGGGCUCUUUCUCCCGUCCAAUCUCCCCCGGCCCCGCGCGUCCUGGCACCCCGCGGACCGCGUCUUCCGCCUCUAACUCGGGCGCGAAUUUUGUCGGGGGAGCGUUCGGGCCCACCCGAGGAGUUCCGGGAAUGAUAACAGUCGCGACUUCCGUUGCGCCCCCCACGCCCAUGAACGGCGGAGGAGGGGGAGGAGGCGGAGUGGGGGGAUCUACGACGGGGGGAUACUCGGCGCAGUCGUCCGUCUUAGCCGCGCCGCCGACGUAUGCGCGCUCCAACAGCCACACCAUCGGCCACAGCACCACGGCGGCGGUUUCUGCGGCGGUUGCGGCGGCGGCGGGAGCGGCGGCGCACGCGCACCCGGGACACGUGCACGGCGCAGGAGGACCGCAAGGGGGGCCGCACUUUUACGGGCACGUCGGGGGGGUCCCCUCGUCCCCGUCUGCGUCCUCCGCUGCCCUCCGCCCCCACGACCACCACCACCAUUACCCGUCCGCCUCCGCUGCCGCUUCCCCUGUGCCCUCCGCUUCCGCCGCGCCCGCGAGCGCCACUCCGCCCGGCAGAACGCACUCGCUUUCCUCAGCGCAGCGCCGGCUGCUGUCGUCCGUCGAUGCGCUGCUGGCCGCUGCCGCCGUGGCAGGCGGCGUGGGGAACAUCGGCAGCAGCAGCACCCCUGACACGUCAGCAUCAUCAUCGCGCGCGGCUCGAGCCGCCAGCAUAUCGGCAGCGGCGCUUUCGUCAUUUUAUCCUCCUAGCCCCAACAGCAAUGGUAGAUCGACGGCCACCGUGUCUGCCGUUCCGCCUUCCGUCAUCCCCUCUCCCCCGUUCAAGCCCGCUUCCCCUCCCCUGGCUCCGCUACCAGCUCUGGUCCUCCCCCCUAUCCGCAUCCCCGCGCGGCAAUCCCCAACUCCCUCGGCCUCCGCCGCGUCCCCGCGCGGCCCUUCCGCAUCCGCGUCUACUUCCGCAGCCUCCGCCGUCCCCCAGUCUCCUCUCCGCAUGGCCUUUGCCUCCCCGAGUGGCGGCGGCGGCGGCAGCAGCGCCAAUGCAAGCGCGCCGAGCAGCGACAAGCGCGCGGCUGCUGCUUCAGGACACGUGGCAGCUCCUCCGCAGAGGAAGGAGACGAAGCCCGCCGAUCAAUACGUACCGUACCACACCCUGACCGGACCUCCUCAAUCCGCUGUCGCAACGGCGGCGGUGGCGGCGGCGGCGGGGACAACGCAGCCUCAAGCACACGCAGCUUCCGGCGCAACAAGCGGCGAGACAUCCGCAACGACAGCCUCCAAGACGGCAGUAGCACGAGGUGCUCCUGGCGGCGCACCAAGCUCCGCCACCAUCGGAGGCGCUCUGGCAGCAGCCGCAGCAGCGGGAACGGCGGCGGCGCCGGCGGCGGCGAGGGGAGUGGACUCCGCGGCGAUGGCGGGAAGCGGAAGCAUCAGCAAGACGUGGAUCCUGGACGCGGCGGGAGGCGCGGGGAUGGGCGGAGGGUCUAUGGGCAGUGCCACGUCAGCAAUGGCGGUGGGGGUGGUGGAGGAUCCGAUGCCUAACUGGGACCCCACGGACGACCGCCUUAGCAGCGUCGCCGGCAGCGACAAGGUCGCGCCUGGGGGAGGCAUGUCUGCGGAUAAGCGCGGCGGCGCGGGAGGGGGAGGAACGGUAACGUGGGGCGGAGUGAUCGGCGGAGGCGGAAUGGUGGACCGGCGGGAGGUGGCGCGGAAGUGGGUUGCUGGACACGCGGCGCCUGGGGAGCAGGGACCCAUCAGCGGAGGCGGCGGAGGGAUUGGCGGAGGAGUUUGCGGAGGCAGCGGCAUGGGCGGGGCGUACGGGAACGCUUUUUACCGCAUGGGGCGCACGCGCGCGUGGGCGACGCGGCGGGCGGGCACCGCGGUGCUGCGGCACGGCGCGCUGGUGUGCCUGCGGUGGGGGAAGGACAAGCUGCUGGCGGCCGUCGAGGCCAACGGACGGUGGGAGCUCGGCGCUGUGCCGCUCCCCGCUCUCGACGACUCCGCGCAGUCGCCAGACGCGGCCACCGCGGUUGGCGCAGGCGCGCGUGCUGCUGCGGGCGGAGGCGGCGGAGCCGCGGGAGCGGAACCCCCCGCAACAUCAGCAUCGCCGUCAUCACUACCGGCCUCGGCGGUGCCAGGGUCGUCGUGCGGGGGAGUGCCGCUCGAGGGCGUGUUUGUGCUGGUGUGCUUCGGCGGCGGGCGCGUGGGGCUGCGCUCCGUUGCCGCGGACGGGCGCUGCCUCUCCGCCACUUCGUCGCUCGCCUCCGCGCACUACUUCGCGGGAUGGUGUUUCCAGGAGACCGAGGUGUGGGCCAUGCCCCCGGACCUCUCCUCGCUCCCCACCCCCCCCGCCGCGGACAAGGGGGGAGCGGGAGGCGCGCAGGGGCCCGGGCAGCCGCCGCCGCCGCAACAACCAGGGGCGGUCGGAGCAGGGGCAGGCGGAGGAGGCGGGGGGGCGGGGGGAGGAGGAGGGGGGGAAGUGGAGGUGGGGGGAUGGUGCGAGGAGCUGGGAGGGGUGCUGGAGGGUGCGGUGCUGCUGAGCAGCGUGCUGCAUCCAACGGUGGUGAUGCAGGUACACGUGCAGGGCGUGGCGGCGCUCUCCCACCGCUCCUGGCGCCACACCCAGAACGAGGCCAGCGCUGCCAACAGGCUCAGGGGGCAGGUGCUCCAACUGAGGGACAGGGUGCGGCUGUUAGAGGCAUCGGAGACAGUGGCAGCCACGGCAGCAGCAGCUGUCGCAGCAAGGGAGGCGGGGACUGGGGCAGGUGGCACCUCACUGCCCGUGCUCCUGUGCUCCUGUUCCGGCAAGGCUGCAGGAAGUCGUGACGGGAGGGGCAAUGCUGCUGCUGGUGGUGCUGGUGGUGGUGGCGCUGCUGCUGCUGCUGCUGCUGAUGCUGCUGCUGCUGCUGCAAGUGCUACUGGAGGGGGUGGUGGUGGCGGUGCUGCUGCUGCUGGUGCUGAUGGGAGGUGUCUGACUUGUGGUCUGUUCGUGGCCACUGCUGCUGCUGCUGCCGGGGGCAACAAUGCCUUCAUCACCACCAUUGCGAAUCUUAAAGCCAGAGUGUCCCAGCUGGAGGAGGAGCUAAGGGCCAAGACCCAUCUCUCCACCAACUCCUCCCCCGCGCCUUCCAUCGCCUCCUUCUCCUCUUUCUCAUCCUCCUCUUCCUCCGCCACCUCCGAUUCCGCGCGCGGGGGCUUCCCCCACUCCGCCUCCUCGCUCCGCCCGCCGUCCCUCCCCCCGGCGCUGGCGGACCUGGAGCGCCGCGCACUGCAGGCGGAGGCGGAGAAGGCGGCGCUGCAACAGCAGAUAGAGGAGCUGCUGGCGGGGAAGCGGUUGGCGGAAGCGGGGCUCCUUGCGGCCAAGAGAGCGGCGGAAGCGGAGGCGGAGCGGGCGGAGCUCGCGCGCAAAGCGCUGGCGCAGGCGGAAGUGAAACGGGCGGCCACGCGCAGGGCGGAGGAGGAGGCGGACGAGCGGCGGAGCCAGCAGCGCGCGGGGAAUGCGAGCAGAGAAAGGGGCAGGUGGCGCGGAGAGAGAACCACGGAGCGGGCGGGUGGAGGUGGGGAGUUUGGCGACGGUAGGGGGAGUGGGAUGGCGGGCGGACGCGCAAGGAGAGGGGAGGAGGCGGAGGCGGAGACGCAGGCAGAGGCGCAGAGGGUGGAACUGAUGGAAGAGCUGAAGAGAGAGGCGGAAGAGCUGAGGAGACGGCUGAGAAGCAUGGAGGGCAAGGCGUCAGACGGCAUGCUGGGAGCUCUGCAGCACAAGAUAGAGCGGCUGGAGCGCAUGCACGCACACCCAGGGGGGGCGGACGCUGCUGCUGGUGCUGCUGCUGCUGCUGCUGCGGUUCAAAUGCCACCACCAUUGCCAUCAUCGAUACCACCAUCCAAACACCUUCCCCGUGCAGCUUCAGCUUCAGCAUCCCACCGGCAGUCAUUCUCCCCUCCACCGCACUCUCCCCCUCCUCUUCCCCUCUCCGCCAACCAUCCUUCCGCCGCGGCUGGGUCCCCCCCUCCCCCUCUCUCCCUCUCCUCCGCCGCUUCCCCCUCUUCCAGCGCUCGUUCCGCGCACACGGAGGGCGGGGGCUGGGGAGAGGCGGACGGGCGGAGGGAGCGGGAGGGGGGAAGGCGGAGUACCCAGCGAGAGGAGCGAGAGAGGGCGUCUGAGUGGAGUCAGAAGUCGGCUCAUGAGGAGGGACGGAAGGCGUGGGAGAGGGAGCGGGAGGAGCGGAAGCGGCAGGAGGAGGCGGAGCGUGAGAGGGAGAGGGAAAGGGAGAGGGAGAGAGAGGGGGAGCGCGGGCGAAGGAUCGCAGAGAGAAUCCUGGAGAAGGAAAGGGAGAGGGAAAGAGAGAGAGCGAGGAUGAUGAGGAGGCUGAGGAGCCCGCAGGAAGCAGCGGCGGCAGAGGCCGCAGCGGAGGAGAUGCGAGUGCGCGUGCACCAGGGGAGCGACAACCUUGGGCUGGACGCCUUCUGCCGCAUGCACAGCCAAGGGAGCUUGCAUGGCAGCAUGCAGGGGAGCCUCCAGGGGAGUCUGAAAGGGAGGCUAGGGGAUGUUAUAGGAGGUGUCAAUGGCGGGAGUGGCAGUUGGGGGGGAGGAGGGGGAGGGGGAGGGGGGAGGGGAGGUGACGGUGGUGGUGAUGGUUGUCAUGGGGGUGGGAGAGGAAGAGGCGGCGAAAACGACAGUAGCAAGGAAGAUUUUGGCAGUGGUCGUGGCUCUGCUGCUGCUGCUGCUGGCAGCAGCGGUAGAGGGCUGGCACGACAGGCACCAGCAGGAGGAGGAGGAGAAGAAAGGGGUGGAGUACGGUGCAGUGUGGAGGAGGGCGUGCUGAGCUCGCUGUUUGAGCCCGUGCUUCAAAAGAGGUCCGAGAGCUCGUGUGACGGGGACGAGUGUGACUCUAUGGGGCGAGUGAGGGGGAGGGGGAGAGGGAAGGGGGAGGAGGGAGUGGGAGGGAGUGAGGAUGAGAGUGCGGUGGAUGAGGAGUUAGAGGAGGCGAGGACGGAGCAUGGAUGGGUGCUCAAGGCUGUGAUGGGAGGGGAGGAGAGAGAGGGGGAGAGGGAGGAGGAGAGCGAGAGGGAAGAGGAGAGGGAGAGGAAAGAGCAGAGGGAGAGGGAAAGGAGUGGGUGGAGCUGGAGGCAUGGGAGCAAGGAGGAGGGAAGGGUGAGUGAGGUGGAGAGGGAGUGGACGGCCUAUGCAGGAAUGGGCACGUCUGGUGGGAGGGUGGAGGCGUGGGAGGGGUGGAAGAGACGGGAGGAGAGUAAUCAAGCAGACGUAAGACCGGUUGCAGCUUCAUCUGCAUCCGCUGCAGAAAGCGCACCAGUCGGAAGGCCGUGGAGUGCUGCGGCUGCUGGAUCAACGAGGGCUGAGGCGGGUGGUGGCGUUGCAGGCAGCAAGGCAGGUGUCCGCACUUACACUGGUGCUGCUGCUGCUGCUGCUGGCUCUGGUGCUGCUGCUGCUGCUGGUUCUGGUGCUGCUGCUGGCAGUGCUGGUGGCAGCUCGGUGGCAGGAGCAGAGGAUGUGGGGGAUGGAGGAAGGGGAGGUGAGAAGCGGACUGGCGGAUGGGGGAAAUGGUCCAAGGGGUCCCGAGGCAGGGAGGAGGCAAGUGGUGGUCUUAGCAACGGAGAUGCCUGCAGAAUUGGCAGCGACGCAGCAGCAGAAACAACAGCAGGCGCAGGCAGAGGAACGGCAGCAGCUGCAGCGGAUUUCAGGGCUGGAAAACAAGGAAGCACCCAGGAGCAUUCGAGCCGCGGCAUAAGCAGAGGGAGCAGCAGGGGCAAGUGGUCGGCUGGCGGUGGUGGUGCUAGGGAACAGGCCACUGGGGAGCGUGCAACAGGGGAAAGAGGAACGGUCGGGAGAGGAGGGGUGAGCAGCAGCGGCAGUGACAGGGCAGAUGGCAGCAGCGGUGGCACUAGCAGCAUGGCAAGACCAGCAAACGGCGCAACCAGAAGCACUGGCGAAUCCCAAUCCAUGCCUGUUUCUCCCCGCCUGACUUCCGCCCCUGCUGCUGCAGCAGCUGGUGCAGAUCGAGCAAGGGAAGGGAUGUCCAGAGCAUCUCAAAAGGCGGCACUCAGAGGGGGGAAUGAAGGGGCGCCUGGUGAAGCUGGUGAGGGUUGGGAUCUGCGACACGGACGUGUGGUGUUGUGUGGGGGAGAUGCAAUGGAGGGGAGGGAAAGAGGCAGAGAGCAAGAGCGGCUGGGGCAUGGCUGGCCGAGUGCAGAUGCUGCUAGUAUUGCUUCAACUCUUGAGGCGGCUCAGAAGCCAGCACCAGCACCAGCACCAGCAGCAUCAGCAUCAGCAUCAGAAUCUGGAGUCACAACGCCUUAUUUAUCUCUCACCACGGACUCUCGCAUUGCAGCUGGUAGCAGACGGGUGGCCGAGCCCUCAGCUGACGUCUCUGCUGCUGCCCCCAUCUCCUCCUCCUCGCCUCCAGUGCCUUAUUUAUCCCCUCCCUCCCACUCCGUUGCAACAACAACAUCAGCAGCAGCAGCAGCAGCCGCAGCAGCCGCAGCAGCAGGUGACUCUGAGGGAAACCAUCCAAGCACAGUUCGAACUGCUGCUGCUAUAUGCAGCAGAGGUAUUGCAACCAGUGACGCCGCAAGCUCACCUGCAAGUGUUGCCACCAAUCCAAGCAGCACUGCCACCACUGCCACCGCAAGCAAUACGAGCACUCUGGGCGCUACUGGCACUACGGCGCCCGGAGGCCGGUCCUCUCUGAGUGCGUCGCUAGCAGCCACGGACCUGGGCCCCUCCCUCAAGCAGCGCAUCCUGCUGCUGCAGCAGCGAAUGAACGCUAUGCAGGCCGCAGCAACUGCUGCAGCAGCUGCAGCAGCCGCAGCGGCUGCACCUUCCUCCUCCGCUCCUUCUGGCUCCGGUCGGUUAUCACCCACCUCAGUUCUACCCUCCCAGGGUGUUACCGGCACCAGCAGCGCCACCAGCUCUCCUGGUACUGUUUGGUUGAACGGUGGUGGUCAGGGUGGUUCGGCCCCUCUCUCCCCUGACCUGAGAGUGCACAGCGGAAGGAGUUUGAGUAUCACCAGCAGCAGCAGCACGAGCACCAGUGCGACUGCUGCUGCUGCUCCUGCCAGCAGCGGCAGCAGUAGUAGUGGUGGUGGCAGCGGCGCCAGUGGUGGCGGUAGCAGUGGUGGCAGUGGUUAUGUUGGCGUCCCUGCGAGUCAGAGCAACAACGGAAUUGGUAGGGCGACUGGCAGCAGUGCCAUUGGCAGUGGCAGUGGUGGUUCGAUGGUUGGGGAGGCAGGCAAGGCACGAGGUACAUCGGUUGUGCGGCAAUACUAGCAGAUGGGUAGUGGAUGGUGAGUGGAUGGGGAUGGGGCCUGCUGGGAGGAACGUGAUGUGAUGCGAGGCGUGACGAAGACAGGGUGCUGCCAAGAGCAAGGCCAACUCGUUAUGGGCACCGCUCAUCCUGCCAUUCCUCACUCUCCUCCCUUCCCCAUCUCUCCCCCCACCACCCACCCAUCCCCCACACCCCCCCCCUCCCCCUCCCCUCCUUCCUUCCCCUAACGCUUUCUUUCUCUCAUGCCCUAUACCAUCUGUUAUGGGGAUCACUCCCACCUGCAUGUUGUGUGUUUUGUGGGGUAGGGGGCUGGAUUGGAGUGAGCAGUGUGUGUUUGCACAUGUUUGUAUGCAUAGAAGGAAGAGAAAUGCAGGAAUUGUGGAGAAUUCGGAUGACUGGAGUGGGGUGGCAGAAGGUGUUGGAUGGUGGAUAGGUAGUUAGGGAAGGAGGGUGUGGUGGGUGAGGGGUGGUUGAAAGGGGGGGCUGUCAUUGAGUGAGUGAGACACACAUAUGGCCGUUAUGUUCACAGUUUUGUGACUAAUACCGUAUUAGCCUGGAUAUAAGACCCAUGGGUCUUAUCACAUACCGUUGAGAAAUAAUCCAAAUGGUCCUAGAUCCAGGGGCAAAAAACUGGGUUACCAUAAGAUAAGCGCCUUAUAGAAGACCCAGGGUCUUCUAUUACUAGGGGGUCUUAUAUCUGGGCGUUUACGGUAAGUAGAAUCGAUACCUCGCAAAGAUGCUUGUAUGGUACCUCGCAAAACCAUAGAAGUGAGC